AUGGGGAGCGGUCCAGCGCCAUUUUCGGAGAUAGGGAAGCGGGUCAGAGGCAAGUCUGUCUUUCACUGAUUAAGCAGGAGAGGUGGGAAGGGCGAAGAGAUGAUCGUCUUUCCCCUCUCUUGGUUAGACUCCUAGCUUCUGUGUUCAUCAUACGAUAUCGUCGUUGGCAUCUCUGCGUAAUAAAGUUUUUUCUUGUCUGAUCAGCAUUGCAGCCUAGUCUGUGUAAGUUGUUUCAGAUAGUGAAGGCUUACUGUUAUAUCUUGAAACUCAUAGAUCAUCAGGCUGACAGGUUUCCGAACUCUGGCUGGUUUGGUUGUCUCCUCUACGUUUACUUUUACUCGUGGGUGGGUCGGGGAAUGGCUCGAGAGUACUAACUUAACUAUAUCAACGCUUUCUCAUUCGGGACUCUUGGGGAGUACUGGUUUUAUACAUCAUUCUGUGUCCUGAUCCUUACCCACGCACAACAAUCGGAUGGGUAGAUCGAUUUGAUGAAUGCUAUGUUUUUUCAGUGUUAGGAGAGAAUUUCUCGAUUUAGUUUACUAAACUAGUUACAUCCGGAUAUCUCUAAUCUUCAUAAGAUGCUUGAGUUUGUCUAUGACGAGAUCUCAGACAAAAAAUUAUGCCAUUCGCGAGCUUCAACAUGAACAUUUUCCUUUGCAUGGAUGUCUUGCUCUAGAUCAUCUGCUAGAAAAGUUUUGUAGAUGUGUUUCAGUAAUUUUUCAUGGUAGUUUUUUAUUUUUUGGUGGUUCAAGACUGAGAUCACUGUGAUGCGACUGAUUGGACGGCUAAUCUUUAAUAUUUCGCUUGACAGGCUCACGUAGAGUUCUGUGUGUUAGCUUGUAGUGGCAAUAGACAAUUGUGAUACAUGCAAUAUUAGUGUUGGGGUCAACAAUUAGCCGAUUAUUAGCUGAUAGCGGUGCCAUAAUAAUUCGUCAACUUGGAUUGAAAUGCAUUCGACAAGCAAAAGGUCCAGCCUGGUGAGCUAGUGCAUUUCAUUAGAAGCCCGAGAAUGAUGGGUUAGUGUUAUCUGUAGCCAUUUACUAUUACAAGGAAGCACAAGAUUUAUGUUUCUGGUGAACAGCUCUCCGUUUGUUACACUUGUUUAUAAUUUUUUGAAGUACUUACAAUUAUGAUAGAUUGCUUGUAUUCUUCAUGAAUGCCGAGGGGUUACCAUAUGAAUGCUGAGGGCUACCAUCUGAACUCCUCAUUAACAGUGAUCUCUCCCUGUAUUCAUUCAGGUGCCAUUUGUGGUACGCUAGCUUGGUGCCCUGUCAAUGUUUCCUAGGUGGAGAAACUGAGUUCAUUCUCUGACUUCGAUCAAAUCAGAAUGAGCCAGACAGUUGGUAAACCCAACUAGAAUAGUCAAGCAUUCUUGAUUCGCAUCUAUUGCUGAAAUCAUUAAGAAUCAACAGGACUUAGUGCGUGAAAGCGUUGGUGACUGUGCUAAGAGCUAACUCAAAAUGCCGUGUUGAUUAGCACUAAGCCACGCUGUCCUUUCUUUUGUAACCCUAGUCUUCCACCUUUUCAUAAUCUCAUCAUGUUUAGUUGAUGUUGUGGCAAAAAAAAAUAAAUCAUCUGACAACAUUGCUUCGUCUAUGGCUGAUGGAGUUUGUAAAUUCAUAUAUCUUAUAACUAUCAAGCUUAUGCUAACACUAUGCCUGUUUCCUUCUUGCAGAUCUUUUGACAAAAGAUUACAAUUUCGAUAACAAAUGUGUUUUCACGGUGCCUGGAGAUGCAAAUCUGGUAAGAAUUCGUCUUCCAGAGAGCAUUAAUUCAGUAAAACCUAACUCCAUUUUUCCCAUUUAUUUGUAAUUUCCUGAAAAGUCUACGGUACAUGUAAGACCUGUACUCUUGAGGAACUAUAUAAGGGGCUUAAUACGAUGGGCAUGCUUAACGUAGUAGUGACUCAAGAACAGAUAAAACACAUUUUUGCAGAUGGAAAUAAGAAAAUCGCAACAGUCUGCUACCACAUUUAUCCGAAUGUGGCGUCACUGAUGUGGUCUGGAAAGCUUUCCUAAGACAUGCUUUCCGGACAUGCUUUCCCUUUGACUUUUGAGACAAGGUUGGAGAUACUCUCUUAGUACCAUGUCAAGAACAAGCUCUUUCAAAUGCGUGGGUCUCCACUGAGGUUUCUCCCUCCCAGUGAAAGCCAUAUCCGUGAUGUUGAUUCCAUCUUUGGUAUCAUCUCUGAGAGAAGAAUGCCAUAUCUCUUACUUCAUUUGACAUUCUUGCUCUUCUUCAAUCUUCAAUCACAUAUAUUUCUUAGCUCCUCGCAUCGUUGACCCGUUGCAGGGGAUUACAGUGACUGGUGUGAAGCUGAAUCAAUUGUUCAUUGGUGAUAUCUGUUCGCAAUACAGGAGGGGUAAAACGGUUGUAGACUUCAAGGUGGAUACCAAUUCUAAUGUAAGCACAGAUUUGUGGAUGAUCCGCGUGUUUUCUGCUCGUAUUUCUUCGAAUUCUAAUGGAAAACGCGCCUAUUUUUCCAAAGAUCUCCACCACGGUCACUCUCAGUGGGAUCCCAUCUGGAGUGAGGACCACACUCAGCUUUAAGAUACCCGAUCAUCAGAAGUCGGGCAAGGUCAGUUGGCAUCUGCAAGGCUCCCCACUCUGCCAUUUGGUCAUGGAACAUACAAAGUUGGGCAUCCAUUGAAGAUCAUCAAUUAUUUUCUGAUCUCUUGUUUCAGCUAGAGGUUCAGUACCUCCACGACCGCGCGGCGGUCAGCUCCAGUGUUGGCUUGCAUCCGACCCCUUUGCUCGAGCUCGCCGCCGCCGUCGGCAGCAACGAGCUCAGCGUCGGCGCAGAGAUCGCCUUCAACGUGGGCUCUGCUUCUUUCACCAAGUACAGCGCUGGGGUUGGCUUCAACCAGGAGGACUUCUCUGCCUCCAUCGUACUGUAUGCUUCCUUGCCCCCCUCCUGCCCACCUUGGUCUCCUGGCCUCCGUUAAUUGCUCGCUGCCCGAUCUCUGAUCAACAGGACCGACAAGGGGGAGACCACGAGGGCCUCCUACAUCCAUCUCCUGGGCCCAGAGAAGAGGACCGCAGUGGCGGCGGAGAUGGUCCACCGCCUGAGCACCUAUGAGAACACCUUCACACUGGGGGGCUCCCACGCGCUGACGCCGUACACGGUCGUGAAGGCCCGGUUCGGCAGCACCGGCGGGCUGGCCAUGCAGUGCGCCCAUGAUUGGCGGCCCGGCUCGCGGUUGACCCUGUCAGCAGAGUACGACCCUAAGUCGUCGGUCGUCGCCCCUUCUCGGGUCGGGUUGACUCUCGCCCUCAAGCCCUGA